GACGUCCUCAAAUACUCGAUGGAGUUUACAGAAGAAGGAGGAGAGAGAAGAGGAGAGAGGAGAGAGGAGAGAGAAGAGAGACCCAUAAAACCAGGCCCAGUGGGAAAAGCAAACUGUUUAUUUUUUAUUGCUCAGAGCAAAAGCAAACUGUUUGAGCCAAAUGCGAUUCUUAGCGAUCUCUCUGUCCCUGAGACACCGUCAAACUUGACGACCACCUCGAGCCUUCUUCUAUAACCCCCCACCCUCGCUUUUUUCAUUCAUCAAUUCGCUCCGAUUUCACUGAGUCAUAACACACCCAACUCGCUCCCAAUCGAUCUUCAAUCAAUCUGAUCAGAGCAAUUUCGUUGCUGCUGUGAGUUCUGACGAUGAACAAGAGGCCACGAACAAGCAUCGGCAAGGCUGUCGUCAAUGUUUGGCAGCGCGAGGUCGGCGAGCUCUCGGCCAGAAAUUUUACCCACCGUGUCGGUGGCUCUGAGGAUCUUGUGCUUCGACUUGAACUCUACAGGAAGCUCGAGAAGCAUCGAGGAUGUGUGAACACAAUAAGCUUCAAUGCGGCUGGUGAUAUUCUGGUUUCAGGCUCUGAUGACAAGCGGGUCAUCCUAUGGAAUUGGGAAACUGGGAAAGUUCAGCUUUCAUUCCAUUCAGGUCAUAAUAACAAUAUUUUCCAAGCAAAGAUCAUGCCUUAUACCGAUGAUAGAAGCAUUAUCACCUGUGCUGCUGAUGGGCAGGUGAGACAUGCUCAAAUUUCAGAUCAAGGACAAGUGAAAACUUCAUUGUUAGGCAAACAUCUGGGGCGCUCUCAUAAGUUGGCAAUUGAGCCUGGGAGCCCUCACAUUUUUUACACCUGUGGUGAAGAUGGAUUGGUGCAACAUUUUGAUCUGAGGACUGGGGCUGCCACAGAACUUUUCACAUGCCAACCUCUUGAUGGUAGAAGGAGUCACAUGCCAGCCAUCCAUCUAAAUGCAAUUGCAAUUGACCCAAGAAACCCAAAUUUCUUUGCAGUGGCAGGUUCUGACGAAUAUACUCGACUUUUUGAUAUCCGCAAGUAUAAAUGGGAUGGAUCAUCUGAUUUCGGCCAACCUGCAAACUUCUUUUGCCCACCACACUUGAUUAGUGAUGGGCGAGUUGGAAUUACUGGAUUGGCCUUCUCAGAACAAAGCGAACUUCUUGUCUCAUACAAUGAUGAGAACAUCUAUCUUUUUGAACGAGAUAUGGGAUUGGGACCUAAUCCAGUUCCAACCUCUCCAGUUUCUAUGGGCAGUGAUGCAAGUGAAAUGAGUGAUGAUCAUCAGAGUGAAGCAUCUCCAUCAACCAUGGCUAUUGAUGAAAGCACUGCUCCUCAAGUUUACAAGGGUCAUAGGAACUGUGAGACAGUGAAAGGCGUGAACUUCUUUGGUCCUAAAUGCGAGUAUGUUGUGAGCGGGUCUGACUGUGCGCGGAUAUUCAUAUGGAAGAAAAAGGGUGGGGAGCUGAUUCGUGUUAUGGAAGCAGAUAAGCAUGUGGUAAAUUGCAUCGAGUCUCAUCCUCACACCACAGUUCUUGCAAGCAGCGGAAUCGAUAGUGACAUCAAGAUAUGGACUCCAAAGGCCAAUGAGAGAGCUACUCUGCCUCAGAACAUCGAGAAGGUCCUGAAACCUGGCCGAAUAAUAUGGUAUGCUAGUGAUGAUGAGGAUGAGGAUGAGGAGGAGGAUGAUGAUGAUGAAUAUUUUUCUGAUGAUAUUUUUUAUGAUGACGACGAUGACGACGAUGAGGAGGAUGACGAUAGUGAUGACUGUGAUGAUUAUGAUGACUGUGAAGAAACCCAGGGCUAGGGGAUGGAUGUACCGCCUAUCCUCACCUGAGGACUUGAUGUUGCAACUGUUUUCAUUGCAAAGGCAGAGGGUAAGCCCAGAGCGUGACGGCGAGAACUCAAAUGAUGGUCAGGAACUUCUAGAGCUAAUAAUGGCAUUCCAGCGCAACUCGGAUGAUUCUUCAGAGGAUGGAGGAGACACCUCCAGUCAGGAUGAUUUGUUUUGUUGAGUUAUGAAGCCUAUGAAUAAUUGUACAUAAUUAGGAUGAAGUUAUACUUUUUGGAGAAUUUUCCUGUUUACUUGUUAACUUAUAUUUCGUGGUGUUCUCUA